AUGACCCCAAGGGACUUCCUCGGUCAGCUACCUGAGGCCCAAGAUCUGCCCGACUGCGACGAAUGUCCAGUAUGUCUGCAGAAGUACGUAUCCGCGAAAGCCCCAGCUCCUGGGAUCAUCGAACGCAUCUUUUCGAUGGCCGCUCGCCGAGACCCAGAACCAAUCGAACCCGAGCACGCUGUUCGACUACCCUGCCAGCAUGUCCUUGGCAGCAAAUGCAUCAAGCGCUGGAUCUCCCGCACCGAAGGAGAUCAGAAUACUUGUCCCUAUUGCGUUCAGCAGCUUUUCACGCCGUUGAAAUACAUAGUAAGCAAGCACCCAAGUUGGAACAUGAUGAUCGCCAUCUUAGGUGGCUAUGGGUUUACCAUGGAUCCAAAUGGCACGUGGCUUUGGAAUCAGAUUCAAGGCGCAGGCGCGCUCAGCAGCAAAGACAUCCUUGAAUCACGAGCGAUUGCGAAAAAAAAUGUUGCUACGCUCGAAAACUUAUUUGGACCAGAUAAGGACAAGAUGACUACUAUUCAAAGAAUUGCUGCCUCGCGCUUAACGGUGCACCUUCGACUCACGGUGGUCUACCUUCAGGUCCAGGAAUUCCUUCCACCACUUCAAGAAGUCAAUUUGAGAUACCCGUUCGUGACAUUGGAGAAGCAUCAGGAGGAUGCGUUGUUUGACCAGGUCAAGUCGAGGAAGGGGGGUGAUUAUGAUCGCAAGGUUUGGGAUUCUCACAAACGUCUGGGGCUAAUUCCCGGGAUACGAUGGGAGAAUGGUGCAUACCGUCACUAUUGGGCUUUUGCAUGA